AUUGCCUAACGAAUCUAUUACUUAUGACUAUUAAUCGCAACAAAUAUAAUACACUGCAGGAAAAACACUACGUGCUAGGCAAUUUGAUAGUUACCCAAAUCAAAUGGAAUAAAUCAACAAAAUACAUGUGGAACAUCGUUAUUGAUGCAGUAAAUGGAAUUUUUUCCAAUUGGUCGACGUGGACGACCUGCUCAGUUUCGUGUGGAAACGGAACUAGGGUACGGGAACGACUUUGCGACAACCCGCAGCCACAACAUAACGGCAGCACCUGCACGGGUGAUUAUAAGGAGUCCGAAGAUUGUUUCACGGGAAUAUUAUGCCCAAAAAUACUAUGUUACCAUUGUAACAGCACAUCACACAAGUUCUGUGAUCAGGGCAAUUUUGAUAGUGACAAGUACAGUUACGACAAAAUAUACAUUUCCGACGGGGAGCUUUGUGUAAAAUGCACAAAAGGAUACAAGGGUGGAGGUGUGUUAUAG